ACUCACCACACAAACUCUCGCCCAGUGCCUGCCUUCCUGUGCCCUCUCCAGAAUGAAUCUUGUAGCACUGAACUACACACCGCAUGUAUAUCCGAAAAUGGCAAGAAAUGGAUAUGCUCUGAAAAUUCUAAUGUGUUUGACAGUGUUUCUCCUAAACAAACCUUGUGGUUUACUGGAGCAGUCACAUCUCCUUCCAAGUCCAAAGCUCCAAAGCUCAGUGAUCUAGCAAAUCGUGUUGCAGCCAUCAUUCCCCACAAAUGGAAGCCGGUGGCUAUCCAGCUAGAGCUCAGCAAAGGAGAGAGGAAGGCCAUUGAGAAGGAUGAGGACGAGUGCUUUGAUCGAUUCAUGGCUGUUCUCGAGCAAUGGAAGCAAUCAGCUAGUCAGCCCCAUACCUGGAAAACAUUGAUCACUGCCUUGAAAUCGGCAUCUGUUGAUGAACAAUGCUUAGCAGAACAACUGGACAGAGACUUUUGCUAG